AGGUAGUGCUCAGUGCCCUGUAGAUUUCAUGCGCUGAGAAUGUGAGAGUGAAAACCAUCUACCACCCAGUGAAUUCCUUGAUGGUGGUGGUGGUGGUCCUUUGGACUCUAGAAAUCCAUGUAGGUUUUGUGUCCUGGGCUGGGCUGAGAGCUCAAGUAAGGGCUGCUGGUUUUACUCCUUUUGGUCAAGAAACCUUUGUCCUGACUUGGGCAUAGAGCUGGAACCUACCCAGGGCCAACCACCUCAGGGAGAGAUCUUGCUCAUGGCCAAAGUAGGCUUCCCUGGGCUGGGGAGUGGGUGUAGGGUGGGCAUUGCAUAAAGGUUCUAUGCUGCUCUGUGUUAAUUCCUUCUUCCUGUGAACACCUGUGCUUUCCACACAGGCCCAGAGUGAAUUCUCAUUCUGGGUCUAUUUCAGCAGGAGCAGAUCAGCUUUGUAUUAUGGGGCUCCGCCUAAGGUUUCUUCUGGGGAGAGGGAGUAACACUGCUACAAAUACUAAGCGGGUAACCCCCCCUAAGGAGACUAAGGUGGGCCUGGGUGAACUCACCAGGGAUACUGCUCUUUCUCAGGGAGGACCUCACAGAUAACUUCUCUGAUAUGAGAAUAAUAAAAAGGGUUUGUUGGUCCCUGGUCUUUGAAGCAUUUGAGCCUCCAAAAUUCCAACCCCAGUACAGUCCCAGACAUAACUGAUCUUCAUGGAAGAUAAGAGCCAAAGUCAGGGUACUGGCCCUAGUGUCUCCAAACUUGAGGAUCGUCGUGUCUUAGUUGGAUAAAGCAAGGUUGGCCUGGGGUGCCAGGUACCCCAGAGUUGGGACCUACAUGUCCAUCUUUCCAGAAUCACCCAAAGCUGAAGACUGAGAGGGUGGAGUAUUCUUUUAGUCUGUGGGAACUAUGCUGCCAGUGCAUGGUUUUGCACUGUCCAGAGCCCAGGGAGACCCAUUGUCCCAUUCCCUUUCCACUGCGGUUUUCUUGACUGUCCCGAAGUGCAGAAAAAGAACAGCUGAGAGGCUCAAGUCAGGCCCGACUCGCACCAGCUCUGGGUUGGAAACAACGCUCAGCCUUGCCCUGGAAAAGAGCCCAGGCGGCAGCACCGCAGCUCCCGCCUCGACGCAACAGAGGUGCCAGCCAAUUCCAGGAAACGCCUGAGAGCGACUGCGCUCCGCCCUAGGAUUCUCUACGGUCGCUGGACCGCUAAGGCCAGCCCCUGGUCCCGCCUCGAGGGUUUGUCCAAUCCACAGCAAGCAUUCGGGCUCCUCUGCCGGUUUGAUGAGGUCAUUUCCGGUUCUUUCCCGGAAGUCGAGCAGUGGGGCCAAAUUUGAAGCGAGAGUUGGACCUGUCGCAGUUUCCUUGGCUACCUGGGUUCCGGGAGCCCAGCCAUCAUGCCUAUCCGUGCGUUGUGCACUAUCUGCUCCGACUUCUUCGACCACUCCCGCGACGUGGCCGCCAUCCACUGCGGCCACACUUUCCACCAGCAGUGCCUAAUUCAGUGGUUCGAGACAGCACCAAGUCGGACCUGCCCACAGUGCCGAAUCCAGGUUGGCAAAAGAACCAUCAUCAAUAAGCUUUUCUUUGACCUUGCCCAGGAGGAGGAGAAUGUCUUGGAUGCAGAAUUCUUAAAGAAUGAACUGGACAAUAUCAGAGCCCAGCUUUCCCAGAAAGAGAAGGAGAAAAGGGACAGCCAGGCCAUCAUCGACACUCUGCGGGACACAAUGGAAGAACGCAACGCCACUGUGGAAUCUCUGCAGCAAGCCUUAGGCAAGGCUGAGAUGCUGUGCUCCACACUCAAAAAGCAGAUGAAGUACUUGGAGCAGCAGCAGGAUGAGACCAAACAAGCCCGGGAGGAGGCUCGCCGACUCAGGAACAAGAUGAAGACCAUGGAGCAGAUUGAGCUCCUACUCCAGAGCCAGCGGCCUGAGGUGGAGGAGAUGAUCCGAAACAUGGGUGUGGGACAGUCAGCGGUGGAACAGCUGGCUGUGUACUGCGUGUCCCUCAAGAAAGAGUAUGAGAAUCUGAAAGAGGCACGGAAGGCCUCAGGGGAGCUGGCUGACAAACUGAAGAAGGACUUGUUUUCCUCCAGAAGUAAGUUGCAGACAGUCUACUCUGAAUUGGAUCAGGCCAAGUUAGAGCUGAGGUCGGCCCUGAAGGACUUACAGAGUGCUGACAAGGAAAUCACGAGCCUGAAAAAGAAGCUAAAAAUGUUGCAGGAAACCUUGAUCCUGCCACCGGUGACCAGUGAGACUGUCAACCGUCUGGUUUUAGAGAGCCCAGCCCCUAUGGAGAUGCUGAACCCGAAGCUCCGCCCACCAUCCUUCAGUGAUGAGAUUGAUCUCAGUGCUACCUUUGAUGUGGAUACCCCACCUGCCCGGCCCUCCAGUUCCCAGCAUGGCCACUCCAAGAAGCUCUACCUGGAGAGGUCACACUCUCCUGUUCAGAACAUCCCCAAGAAGAUACCCAAAUGUUCCAAACAGGAGUCCCAGCUCUCACUGGGUGGCCAGCGCUGUGCAGGAGAGCCAGAUGAGGAACUGGUUGGUGCCUUCCCCGUUUUCAUCCGGAAUGCCAUACUGGGCCAGAAACAGCACAAGAGGACCAGAGCAGAGUCCUGUCGCAGCAAAGAUGUGGUAAGGACAGGCUUCGAUGGGCUUGGAGGCCGGACAAAAUUCAUCCAGCCUACUGACACAGCCAUGAUCCGCCCACUGCCCAUUAAGCCCAAGGCCAAGGCUAAGCAGAGAGUAGGAGUGAAGACACUACAUUCUCCCUCUCAAGCCAAGCUGGACACCUUCCUGUGGUAGCGAGAACAGUGAGUCUGAGCAGUGACCAGACACAAACCAAGGACUGGCCAGGCAGGGCAUUUUUAGGGGAUAGCUAGUCCUCCAGGACCAGUCAUAGGAGCAAGGGCAAACAAGCAGGUGAGGGUGAGAGUGAUGCCCAGAGACUGCUUUUCCUGUCCUCACCCUGUCCCCACCUCUGCCAUACCAGACCUACUUUUGGUGGCUGAUAUGGCCAUCCCAUCAUUCCUAACAGUAGGGCCUGCUCCUGGUUCCAGGCUCCUGUUUAUAGUCAUGAUCAGGUGUGGCUGGGCUCCUGGUUCGGAGACCAGGGUCACUUGUUAACUAUCUCUCUGGACCAAAGUGCUUGAGGCUUCUCAAGCAGCCUCAGCUUUAGUGUCUGCCUGCCUCUGACUUGCAGCUAGGUAUGGCAGGGCCAAGCAGGUUGGGAACUGGGGGAUGGUGGUGCAGAAGGGAUUGGGGGAAAAUUUUCAUGUAAAAUAAAAAAAAAUAGAAUUUCUUCUU